AUGGUUUCGGACAUGUUAUCUCAGAUCGAAUCGUUGCAACUGGAAUAUUAUGAUGUCAUUGAUGAUGAAAAUUUAUCGAGUGUGGAUUUAGAAUUUGAAGAAAUGGAAGACCGUUUAGAAGAAAUAAAGGUAAGCUUACAAACAUUAUUAUUAAAUUCAGAUUUAGUUGAUAAAUCUUUAACGAAUGAUAUUAAGAAUCCUAAUUCUAUCUCUAUUAAGUUACCUGAUUUAAGCUUACCAGAAUUUGAUGGUUGUAUUGAGAACUGGAGUGAUUUUAAAAACCAAUUUGAUAGUUUGAUUACAAAUAACUCUUCUUUAAAUGAUAUUAAAAAAUUGUUCUAUUUGCGUUCUGCAUUAAAAAGAGACGCGAAAGCUGUAGAAAUUCAAGACAGUUUUCAGUCUUUAUUUGAGGUUUUGGCUAAAAUUCCAUAA